AUGACAACUAUUAGGGCUCUAAUAGCAACAACAGUCAAGAAGAAGUGGCAGGUCUUACAGCUAGAUGUAAAUAAUGCAUUUCUUCAUGGGGAUCUCCAUGAAGAGGUGUAUAUGGAGAUACCACCAGGCCUAGUUGUGGACUCACCAGGUUUAGUGCAAGUUGAACAAGUCCCUAGUGAAGGCUCAGUAGUGUUUGUAGCUAUAUAUGUAGAUGAUGUUCUUGUUACUGGCACCCAUCUGCAAGAGAUUGAGUCCCUGAAAACUUUUCUACACAGUACUUUUAAGAUAAAGGACUUAGGGAGACUUCAUUACUUCCUAGGACUGGAAAUUCAAUACACAGAGAAAGGGAUUUUAAUGUCACAAAGGAAAUUCACUAUUGAUCUUUUAAGAGUGUUUGGAUGUAUAGAUUGUCCUUCUAUGACUUCUCCUAUGGACCCCUCUGUGAAAUUAAAGGCUAAUAAGGGAGCUCCACUACCUGACCCUUCUUAUUACAGGAAGUUGAUUGGCAAACUCAAUUUUCUCACUAACACUAGGUUGGACAUUGCUUAUAGUGUACAACAUCUUAGCCAAUUCAUGAAAAGUCUCAGGGAACCCCAUUUGAAGGCAGCAUACCAUGUCCUAAGAUACUUAAAAGGUGAUCCAUCCUUGGGCAUCUUCAUCAACAACAAUGCAGACUAUGGAGUAAAUGCAUUCUGUGAUUCAGACUGGGCUACUUGCUCCAAAUCCAGAAAAUCAGUUAGUGGGUACAUUGUGCUGCUUGGUACCAGUCCUAUUAGUUGGAAAUCUAAGAAGCAGUCUACUAUUUCACUAUCCUCUACAGAAGCUGAAUAUAGGUCCGCUAGAAUGGUGGUUGGUGAACUUGUAUGGUUGGCAAGACUUCUCAAUGAACUUACUGUUCCAUUGGCCUUGCCUAUCCCCAUAUUUUGUGAUAGCCAAGCUACUUUACACAUAGCAAGAAACCUGUGUUCUAUGAAUGAACGAAACAUAUCGAAGUGGAUUGUCAUUUUGUGA